AUGACACUUCAGCAAGGAAGAGAUGGUACAAGUUCUAAGGAAAUAGCAGAGUUCUCAAAAUGGAUCUUAAAUGUUGGGGAUGGUAAGAUAGUUGAACCAAAUGAUGGACUGGUUGACAUAGAUAUUCCUCCAGAACUAUUAAUUACCAAUUUUGAGGAUCCUAUCAAAGCUAUUGUUGAAAGCACAUAUCCCAAUUUGGUUCAUGUAUUCCAAGAUGUUGCGUAUCUACAAGGAAAAGCGAUUCUUGCCUCAACCAUUGAAGUUGUGGAUAAAAUCAAUCAUUAUGUAUUGGAUCUUAUACCAGGAGAAGAGAAAGAGUAUCUUAGUUACGAUUCAAUUGAUAGAACUGAUACGAGUUAUACUGAAGCUUAUGAAGUGAUAACUCCGGAAUUUCUUAGCAAACUAAGAACAUCAGGUCUACCAAAUCAUAGGAUCAAGUUGAAAGGUUGUACCCCCAUUAUGAUGAUGAGAAAUUUGGACCAAAGUGACAUAUUGUGUAAUGGAACAAGAUUAAUUGUUACAAGAUUAGGAAAUCAUGUCAUUGAGGCAAAAAUUAUGUCUGGAAAGAACACAGGUAACAUUUUUUACAUUCCUCGAAUGUCUAUGUCACCUCCUGAGUCGCCGUGGCCAUUCAAGAUGAUUAGGAGACAAUUCCCGAUCAUUGUCUCUUACGCAAUGACAAUUAAUAAAUCACAAGGUCAAUCACUUGAUAGUGUCGGGUUAUAUUUACCUUCUCCUGUUUUCAGUCAUGGACAAUUGUAUGUUGCAAUUUCAAGAGUUACUACCAAAAGUGGUCUUAAAAUUUUAAUACAUGACAAGGAGAAAGUCCCGUGCUCGACCACUACAAAUGUUGUAUACAAGGAGGUAUAUGAUACAGAUGUUGAUACUGACUGA